AUGAAAUUCCAAGUCAAUUGCUAUGUGGAGACUUGUGAAAUCUGCCAAAGAAGCAAGGGCCAUGUGCACAACUUUGCUCUCAACCGGCUUUCCGCCCCUGCAGGUCCUUGGGAAGACAUCUCAUAUGAUUCCAUUGUCAAGUUUCCCAAAUGUAAGGGAUAUGACAGCAUUCUGGUGGUUGUGGACUGCUUCACAAAAAUGAUGCACUUGAUUCCCUGUCAGGAAACUGCCGCUGCUGAGGAUGUAGCUCAGACGUUCCUGGAACAUUUCCUCAAGGCACUCUACAAAUCUCUGCAGAUCACUCCUAGUUUCUCUACUGCUUAUCACUCACAAUCUGAUGGGCAAACUGGUAUCAAGAACCAAUGGCUAGAGGCUUACCUAUCCAAACAACAAAUCCUUGAUGUGUUCCAUGUCAGCUUAUUGUCUGCUUUCAAACAGGACACAGAGUUUGAUUGCACAUUCACUCCUCUCCCGCCUGUGAUCACAACAGAAGGAGAAGAAGAGUAUGAAGUAGACAAAUUUGUAGAUUGGGCAGCAGAAGACAGGGUCUGGAAGUACAGGGUCAGAUGGAAGGGAUAUGCGCCCCAUAAGUACACAUGGGAACCAACCAAGGAUCUACAGCAUUGCAAGGACAAAUUGCACAACUUCUUUGCUAAUUAUCCAGAUGCCCCAGCCGCCAAUAAUCCCAUCCCUGCAAAUGCACGCAAACUCUCACUGCUAGAAAUUGUCCUGCUAAGUUCUUCUUGCGCUCCCCACUAUCCCAGCGUGCCCAUCUUCAGCUCUAUUGACGCCUUGGCCUACAACCCUUGCCUCAACAUCAAUUGCUACAUCAUGAACAGCCCAGAAGCAAUGAGAUCACACCUAGACAGCUCUGCCAACAUCAUUCUUGCUCUGAUGAGCGCCAGCAGCCACAACAAGGUCAGGUUCUUCAAGUGCAACGUGUACAAGCACCCCAAGUGGGGAUUCCUCUAUUGGCUUAACCCCAGGGGAGAACAAGGACCAGUCACACUGUAUGGAAAGCAAAACCUCAUUCUGCUUUACCCAGCAGACCCACCAGCCAACACAAGCAAGCCAGCAACACCAGUGACCCCUCCAGCACGCCCAGACACUCCCAGGCCAACAGAGGCGCAUGCACCAGCACCCUUGCCGUUCCCCUUGUUCCCCAGCACGCCAGACACUCACUGGACCCCAGGUGACUUGUCUCAAAUGAGGGAAAUGCAAUGGGAGCCUCAGAGCUACCCAGGAUGGAACAUGUCACAACCAAGAAUGAAAUGA